AUGCCAUAUCUAGUCCAACCACCCGCGCAAUCAUCCGAAGCUUGCGACCCGCUGUUCACCUACGUGCUUGACGACCCCAUCCCCUCCGAAAUACGUAUACUCAAGGACCUUAAGGAACGGGGCUGGGAAGUCUCCGUGCAUUUCCACGACGAUGUGGUUUAUCUAAAUGCUACAAAAGAGAUCGGAAAGGCGAUAAAAACGAUACGACGCAGGACGCAGAUAAUACAUGGGGAUAUGGUUGGGGACAGUCCCAGGUUGACUCUCGAGGAAAUGUGGCAGAGGGAGAUGACCAGCAAGUCGGAACAAGAACUCUACACUAACAAAGAGAAGGAGGAAGUCAACGAUGCAGCAAGCAUGCUGUCGCGGAUGACAGAACAAAGAGCUUGGGUGCGUUGGGCUGAUGAGGAGGGUGGGUUGGAGCCGGAGACCCCUAACGUAGUGCAAGACAUCGAUAAACAGUCCUACCUGUCGCACUCUCUGAGUUUAGAAGACUAUGAGGACUCAGUCAUCGACGUUUACGAAGGGCCUGCUGGCAGCCCCAGUACGAACAUACAUACUUACAACGCAUCUCGUUUUAUUGAAGAACAUGAACCCGACUGGCAUACAUUUGUACCACGUCACUCUGCCCAACGCGCUGCGCAUCAGCCUGCAGGUCAGGCAGCCUCAUCAUUCUCUAUGCCUUCUACAACCUCUUCUUUUUCAGAAGCCCCAGUCGGUCUUAUUGGUAUGUUCGGAUACUGGUGUCCACCCGUUCUUCAUGCCCGGCCGCAAAAGAACUCUCGAUCUCAAUCCAUCGCACCAAGCGCUGUGCUUCCAUCACGAGACUCGAAGGAGACUCGGAAGCUCAAGAAGAAAGUUACCCGCCGUGACUCAGAACCCUCGUUAAGAAAGUACUUGCCGCUUGGAUUUGUCGGGCCCCUGUCUUGGGUGAAAGGAAAACGAAGCGCGAAUGAAGGGGCCAGUGCAGAUGCAACCGCACCAGAUGAGCAACAAACCACCGCUCGAUCAGAGAGUUCCUUUGGCCCUUAUCAACGCACCACUCCCACGCAAUCUGUUCCAAACAUUCACCUGCAAGAGUAUUCCUCCACUUUUCUUCAACCUGAACCACGUAACACAUCACCCGCCUUUUCUACUACCUCCAGUCUCAUAUUCCCUGGCCGUGAGAUAACCCCAGAAGCCUACUUCCAGCGCACGAACCGACCCCGGAAGAAUCUACAGCCACGCCAGCUUACACCACCCCCGGGACUGGAAAACGACCCCUACAUGUGGCAAGUGUGGGACCGCGGCCGUAAAAGGCAGCAAGACAAGACUGAUCGUGUGCUGGGCAAAGACAGCAUGCAUAGAUCAGAUAGUGGCAAUGCUAGUUGGUAUGAUGGGUUCCAGACGAUGAUGAAGGAGGCGGAAGCAAAGGUGACUAAGGAAGAAAAGAAGGCCGAGAAGAAGGCGAGGAAGGUGAAGAAGAAAGAGGAGAAGGAAGAGCGAUUACGCAAGGAGAAUAGGGAGAAGGAAGAGCGGAUACGCAAAGAGAAUGAGGUGAGGGAGGCUUUGAGGAAAAAGGGUGAUUUCGCAGGUGGGUACUUGCCACGGUAUGCAUGA